AUGGAGAGUCCUAGAAUGAGUGUGAGAGUGAGAGGGGCCGCGAUUACCUGUGUUAUUGCUCUGUUGUGGAGAGGGGCAUCUGCGGCAAACAUAAGUAUAUACUGGGGUAAGAAUCACUGGGAACGUUCCCUUGCCAACACCUUUGCAAGUGACAGACUCAAAAUUAUGAUGCUCAGCUAUCUAAGAGACUUCAGCAAUGGGCAGACGCCGGUGCUCAACCUUGCAGACCAUUGCUAUCCCCCCUCGGGAGGAUGCAAAUCACUGAGUGCUGAUAUUGAGUCCUGCCAGUCCAAUGGUGUAAAGGUGUUUUUAUCUAUCAGAGGAUGGCCCAAUUUCUCAAACUAUUCACUCGGCGCCAUAGAGGAUGCUCAGAACCUGACCAAUUAUCUGUGGGAGAACUUCCUUGGAGGGCAAUUAGACUCUAGGCCUCUGGGAGAUGCUGUUUUGGACGGCAUAUAUUUUGAUAUCAGAACGACGACGUAG